AUGACAGAGUUGAUGGUUAGAGCGCGGAAGCACAUGAACGCUGACGAUGCUAUGAAUGCACGAAAAAACAAAGAUGGUGAAGAUAAGAGGUUGGAUAAAAAAAGGCCAGCACCUAGCACUAGGGACGAAAGGGAAUUGAAGUACAAGAAAUUCUCAAACAACCAGGCUGACAGAUCGUUUCGCCGCCCAGCGAGCCCAGGCAGGUAUAAUAACUAUACCCCCCUAAAUACAUCUGUAGAGCAAGUCUUUCUGCAGAUUCAAGAUGACGCAUCAUUGAAAUGGCCACCAAAGCUAAAAGCUAAUCCAACAAAGAGGUCUCGAGAUAAAUACUGUAGGUUUCACCGGGACCAUGGACAUAACACAGAGGAUUGUUUCGACCUCAAAAACCAGAUUGAGAACCUUGUUCAUAAAGGUGAGAUCAAAGUUAUAUCGGGUGGCUUCGCUGGUGGUGGUGAGACGAGUUCAGCUCGGAAGGCUCAUGCUAGGAGAAUUCGGAGUUUUUCAGAGGUGAAUGAAGUUGGAAUGACAAGUCCUCCAACCAAAUUACCUCGAGUUGAGGAGCCGGUCAUAACCUUUUCUGAAGAAGAUGACAAGGGAAUUCACCAGCCCCAUGAUGACCUUCUGGUAGUUUCCAUGGUCGUUGCUAAUUUCACUGUUCGACGAAUACUAAUAGACAAUGGUAGCUCAGCUGACAUACUAUUUCUUAGGGCGUACGAGAAAUUAAAAAUUGGCCGAGAGAAGCUCCGACCCAUGAAGUCACCACCGGUGGGAUUUUCAGGCGACAAAGUAUAUCCACUGGGGGCAGUUACCCUUCCAGUUACUGCAGGAGCCAAUCCAAAACAGGUCACUGUAAUGGUGGACUUUGUAGUGGUGGACUGCCCAUCAUCAUAUAAUAUUAUCCUGGAGAGAACGACAUUGAAUGCUAUGAAAGCAAUCACGUCCACUUACCAUCUCCUGAUGCGUUUCCCAACUGAAUAUGGUAUGGGAGAGAUAAGAGGGGACCAAACAAUGGCUCGCGAAUGUUAUGUCGCCUCUCUCAGAAAAAUAAAAUCGCAAGAGACAUUUACGAUUGAAGGGCUAGAAGGGAAAGAUAUACCAGACUUUCAUAGAGCGGAACCUACAGAGGAGCUAGAAGAGGUCAUCCUUGGUGAGCCCAAGAAAAAAGUGAGUAUAGGGUCUUUACUCCCCCCAGGUAUCAAAGAUGAACUUACUCAAUUCCUCAGGAAGAAUCAAGACGUAUUUGCAUGGGUACAUGAAGACAUGCAGGGUAUAGACCCCACUAUCAUGGAGCACCGCCUAAAUGUAAAUCCUGACUUCAAACCUGUCAGACAAAAGAGGAGGACUUUUGCUCUAGAAAGGAAUCAGGCUAUAUCAGAAGAAGUGGAAAAGCUCUUAAAAGCCGACUUUAUUCAAGAGGUGUACUACCCCGACUGGCUGGCAAAUGUGGUCCUAGUGAAGAAGGCAAAUGGAAAAUGGAGGCUAUGUGUGGAUUUCACCGACCUUAACAAAGCUUGCCCGAAGGACAGCUUUCCUCUCCCAAGAAUCAAUAUGCUCAUUAAGGGAACGGCUGGACACGAACUAUUUAGUUUCAUGGAUGCAUAUUCUGGAUACAACCAGAUAUCUAUGUACACCUCAGAUAGAGAAAAAACGGCCUUCAUCACUGAUAGAGGUUUGUACUGUUACAAAGUAAUGCCGUUUGGGCUCAAGAACGCUGGUGCAACAUACCAGAGGCUAGUGAAUGCAAUGUUUAAGCAUCAAAUUGGUAGAAACAUGGAGGUAUAUGUUGAUGACAUGUUGGUGAAAAGCUUAAAAGCUGAAGACCGUUUGACUGACCUGCAGGAGACCUUCGAGGUACUUAGGAGUCAUAAGAUGAAACUCAACCCCAGCAAGUGUGCCUUUGGGGUUUCCUCAGGAAAGUUAUUGGGAUAUAUGGUAAGCAGAAGAGGAAUUGAGGCCAAUCCAGAGAAGAUCCGAGCAGUCAUUGACAUGAGAUCGCCAAGAUCAACCAAGGAUCUACAACGACUAACAAGGAAGAUUGCUGCCUUGAGUAGGCUAAUCUCUCGGUCAACUGACAGGUGUCUACCUUUCUUUCGUGUGCUAAGGAAGGCUUUUGAAUGGACCCCAGAAUGUGAGCAGGCAUUCAAAGAACUAAAGCAAUACCUUAGUUCUCCCCCACUACUGUCUCGAACCAUACCGGGAGAGGAACUAUACAUAUACCUUGCAGUCUCCACGACAGCUGUCAGUUCAGCUCUGAUACGAGAAGAAGAAGGGGUCCAAAGGCCAGUAUACUUCGUGAGCAAAGCACUUAGGGGUGCGGAGGAAAGAUAUUCAAGGAUGGAACAGUUGGCCUUUGCUUUAAUUGUGUCUGCCAGGAAACUGAGACCAUACUUUCAAGCGCAUACGAUAGUGGUCCUAACAGAUCAACCCCUUCGACAGGUCCUACAUAAGCCAGAAAGCUCUGGUCGACUGAUGAAGUGGUCAGUAGAGUUAGGGGAGUUCGACAUUCAGUAUAAGCCAAGAACAGCAGUAAAGGCUCAGGUGUUGGCUGAUUUUUUAGCUGAGUUUACCCCUCCAGAAGAGGAGAAACAACCCCAAUUUUUGACAGAACCAAGUUUAAGUGAGCAGAUGGGCCCAGAAGCUAGCGGAGCCGGGCUUGUUCUUGUCUCCCCAAAGGGAGAAAAUAUACAGUACGCACUUCGGUUUGGUUUCAAAACAACCAACAACGAAGCAGAGUACGAAGCCUUGAUAGCAGGAUUAAAAGUGGAAAAUGCCCUAGGGGUUGAGCAAUUAAAGGUGUACACCGACUCCCAACUAGUCGCUGGACAAGUUCAAGCGGAAUAUGAGGCACGAGACGAGAAGAUGAAGAGUUAUCUACAAAAGGUGAAGGAAUUAAAAAAUCACUUCCAAAGAUUCUCAAUUCAUCAAAUACCACGAGAAGAGAAUGGGAAAGCAGACGCUUUAGCCCGGCUAGCUACUGCAUUAGAACCUGAGAUCAAUAAGAAUAUACCACUGGAAUAUUUGGAUGAACCAUCUAUAUCUCAGGAGAGACAAAUUGAAGUGCAACAAGCGAUAUUGAGUGUGGAAUGGGCAGAUCCUAUCAUCAGAUAUAUCAAGGAUGGGGUGCUACCAAAAGACCGAAAGGCUAAUAUUUGGAUGAACCAUCUAUAUCUUAGAACAUGA